UUUCCUUUUUGUCUAGGUUGUUAAACAGUAAUACUGCACUACACUCAUUUUUAGACGGUUUUAAUUGUAUUUUUUUUAUCUUUUUUUACUUUGAAGCAGUUCUUCACAACGCACUUCUUGGUGUGAAUAGAGGGCUUUAAGUUACCAGCUCACCAGUGUGCAUGAAUAAUUUGUCGGAUGCGUUGUAUACUUGAUGCCACCCACGCUGAGAGCGGAGCACAGGCAGACACACUCGUGGGCUGAAGUGUUCAGCAAAGCUGCUGUGUCUGACUGCCUGAUCCACAGUCAUCACAAAAACUGCCUCUGAUUUGUGCUUGAGGAUGGCUUUCGCCGAUAACGUUGUGGAUAUCUGGACACAUUACCUGGGACAGAACUCUCUCCUGCAGCCUCUGUGGGACGACCUGAGGCUAAACCACAGGGACUACGUGAGAUCUCCACUCUUUCCCGUUGUGCUGACUGUGUCUUCGUAUUUCAUCUUCUGCAUCCCUUUUCUUGUUUGUGACAUCAUGGGGGAUAGGUGGCCGUGGGUCCAGCAGUUCAAGAUACAGCCGAGCCAACGGCCGACAGCCUCCACAUUGCUGCAUUGCGCCGGUGUCACCUUGUAUAACCAUCUGUUUCUUGUGCUCCCUGCAUCAGUGGCUCAGUGGCUAUGGAGACCACCGGCGGACCUCCCAGACCAGGCUCCCAACCUGCUAGAGCUGAUUGUCGGGGUGAUAGGCAACCUCCUUCUCUUCGACUUCCAGUACUUUAUUUGGCACCUGCUCCAUCACAGGAUCCGCUGGCUGUACGUCACCUUCCAUGCCAUUCACCACAAAUACUCAUCUCCCUUUGCUCUCGCCACCCAGUGUCUGGGUGGCUGGGAGCUGAUCACUGUGGGUUUCUGGACCACGCUAAAUCCCGUCAUCCUGAAAUCUCAUCUACUCACCACGUGGUCUUUCAUGGUGGUGCACGUGUAUGUUUCGGUGGAGGAUCACUGUGGCUAUGAUUUCCCCUGGUCCACGUCCCGUCUGAUACCGUUUGGCAUCUACGGAGGACCCAGCAAGCACGACGUACACCAUCAGAAACCCAGUACAAAUUUUGCACCUCACUUCAGUCACUGGGACAAAAUAUUUGGCACACACGCCGACUUCAGCUUCUGUAAUGCUAUAAAAUAGGGCGCCUUGGAAGCAGUUUGACAAUGGGCUUGUGCUGUAGUGUGACUGUGCAUGACAUUUUUCUUAUAAAAACCCACAAACAGAUGCAUGUAGUUCUAAAAAAUCAUGCAAGAAUUUAGUGAUUUGCUUCAAUGAAAAUGCAUUUAAUCUUUUCUUGAAUGUGUUUCCAUUUACAGUAAAUAUGCUUAUGUAACAAAGUCCAAUAAAUGCAUAUG